AUUCAGUCACACUAGGUGACUGCAAAGGAAGCCGAUUUUUGAACCCUAAACAGUGCAACUGGAGUAUUUGUGUGAAUGUACCACUGGGAAAAUCUAACAUGCGGUUGUUAAUCAAUGUCCUUCUCACCUUGUGGUUUUACACUGCUCAUGGACAGGGGAAACAUUGUAAUUAUCCAGUAAUAAAACAUGGACGGCUAUAUCAGUCAUACAGUGGAUACUUUCCUGCACGUGUAAAUCAACAGUUUCUCUAUAACUGUGAUCAGUAUUUUGUGCCUCCUUCACAAUAUUCCUCAGAUUACCUGACUUGCACAGAAGAAGGAUGGUCUCCAGAAGAACCAUGCCUCAGAGAAUGUAUUUUCAAUAAUUUGGAAAAUGGAUAUACCCCAAGUAGUGAAAAAAAAGCUGUACAGGGUGAAACAGUAAGGGUUCGCUGCUAUCAUGGCUACAGUCUUCAAAAUAAUCAGAACACAAUGACCUGCACAGAGAGUGGCUGGUCUCCUCCUCCCAGAUGCAUCCGUGUCAAAAAAAUUGGAUGUUCUCAACCACCUCAAAUAGACCAUGGAACCAUUAACUCACCUAGCUCUGCAGAAGAAAGGAGAGAAAUACAUGAACAAAGGCUGUAUGCACAUGGCACGAAGUUAAGUUAUACUUGUGAAGAAGGCUUCGAGAUAUCUGAAAAUAAUGUGAUAAUAUGCCAAAUGGGAAAGUGGAGCUCUCCACCUCAGUGUGUAGACACAAAUUGUGUUAACUUGCCCACCUUUGAGGAUGCUGUACUCAUAGAUAGGGAGAAGAAUUUUUAUAGGUCAGGAGAACAAGUGGCUUUUAAAUGUCUAUCAUAUUACCAGUUGGAUGGAUCUAAUACUAUACAGUGUGUUAAGAGCAAAUGGAUAGGAAGGCCAGCAUGUAGAGAUGUUUCCUGUGUGAAUCCACCUCAAGUGGAAAAUGCUAUUAUACACAAUCAGAAGUCUAAAUAUCAAAGUGGUGAGAGAGCACGUUACGAAUGCAUUGGGAAUUAUGACCUUUUUGGAGAGAUAGAAGUUGUAUGUUUAAAUGGAACUUGGACAGAACCACCUCAGUGUAAAGACUCUCAAGGAAAAUGUGGGCCUCCUCCACCAAUAGACAAUGGAGACAUUACCUCACUCCUGCAAUCAGCAUAUCCUUCAGGAAUGAGUGUUGAGUACCGGUGUCAGGCCUACUAUGAACUUCGGGGAAACAAAAACGUAGUAUGUCGAAAUGGAGAGUGGACACAACCACCAAAAUGCUUAGAGGCAUGUUUAAUUUCAGAAGAAACAAUGAGAAAACAUCACAUACAGUUAAGAUGGAAAUACGAGAAAAAACUUUACUCUAAAACAGAGGAUACCAUUGAAUUUAUGUGUCAAUAUGGUUAUCGUCAACUGACACCAAAACAUACAUUUCGAACAACUUGUCGGGAAGGAAAUGUGGUAUAUCCUCGAUGUGGAUAAAACAUUGACUACAUGCAGUUGUAAAACUGAAUGUAUAUCAACUUUGAAUCUCAAAAUAUUUUCUAAAAGAAAUAUGCAAAGUGACACAAGAGGAGCUUUAGAGAUCAAUUUGGUAAUAAACUCCAGGUCUAGUAACAUUUUCUUCAUUUUGCUGGUACAGAGCAUUUUAGAAACAUUCACCACCAGUCUGAAAGGUGAUGUUUAUGUUCAUACAUUUUAAACAGCAUAUUAAGGUUAAAUCAGUUAACUAUAAACAUUUUAAAUUUCUAAAUAUCAUAAAAAUGUUAUUAUUAAAAUAGAUUUAAAUAAUCAAGCUACAAUAUUUAAGGUGAUAUCUUAUUACUUUGUACUGCAUCAAGUCAAGUGACCUUCUUAGUCUAAGAAGCAUGGCCAUCACCAUUGGUGCUAAUUGAUGUAAAUCUGAAUUGCUGGUAACAGCUGUUUUUCUCACUCUUAAAUGAAAUUGUUACAGUUGAUAAGUUAUCUUUGCUGUAAAUGUUAACAUUUUUCUAGAUAUUAUUUCUCCAAAUUUUUCAAUUAAUCAUUGUAGAAUCUAUUUAUGAUCAAGGCUGCAAACAGUUAUUUCACUGUUGUCUAGAAAAUGAUGAUUUUUAAAGAUCAGUUCUAUCAUUUUUCUGCAUUUAUUGCCAUUCUGUGUAAAGAUGAGUGUUAAUUUAUAGACUCUGUUCAUAAUCAACUUUACCUAAACAGUUUUAGCAAAUCUUUAGAAUAAUUUGGUUUUAAAUAAUUUGUAGUUGACAUAUAGUUGAUUUACAAGUUUCACAAGUAUAAAACAGAGAUCCACAAGUUUUAAACACUGUACUGUAUUUAGAGUUAUUGUAAAAUAUUGGUUAUGCUUCCUGUGUUGUAUGGUAUGUCCUUGGAGAUUCUUUAUUUUAUACAUAAUACCUCUUAAUCAAAUACGCCUAUUGUUCCUCCCUG